ACACUCUUUAUCCCAGAAGCUUGAAUAUUUUGUUUUUAAAAAACUGUCUGAGCUUAUUUUCAAACAAAAAGAGCAAGGCUGCUUUGGCUUAGCUGAAUCAAAUAUAUUACAGGUUCAGCAAAAUCCUCCUUUCCCUGGAUACUACUCUCACUUUUAUCUGUUGGCACAGUGCCUUGGCAGUGUUUGGGGAUGGGUGUUGAGCUGUAAACAGUCCAUGCUGUUCCUGCCAGUGCUGGCCACCUCUCCUCUCCAAUUUUUGUCACACAGGGUGUUUCCUGGCACUGCACUGAUAAAAUGGGGUGUGAGUUGAUGUGUCUCCACAAGUUUGGGGCUGUAUGGAAAUGGCUUUUCUGGCUCUUUUGCAAGUUAAACUUGGGCUGUGGUGUGGGGCAGAAAAAAGUUGUGUCUGUGGUUUCAUAUUUGCUUUUAUUAACUGAUUUUUUCUUUUCUUUCCCAUGGUGAUUUAGCUCAGAUGUAGGUUGGUCCCAAGCUCCCAGGAGUGUGGAGGUGCCUGUGCCAUCUCAGGUUAACACCAGGUGCCUCACUGCUACAGCAGCACAGCCUGGCUACUUUCCACGGGAAGCAGUUCAGCUGUUCCUGCUCUCUGUGGGUUCAGUUUUGAUCCCCAACUAAUUUUCAUUCUUCUGUGGAAAUGAUACUGAUUAGAUUGAAUGGGAUUUAGCCAGGAAACUUAAUUUAACAUACCAAGCACAUGAAGAUAUGUGAGUACAGCAUCUAUAACCACUCUGGUAAUGGCAGAUAGAAGGUGAUAGAUUUAGGGCUGGGUGGGAUAUGUUUGUGUUGCUGACUCAGGUGGGUUCUUUCUGAUCUUGAUUAGAGCCUGUGCUGUCAGGUUAUGACUUCCAACUUAAGGCAAUGCACAGAACUUAUUUCCAUUAAAAUUCUCUAAAGGAUGUUUGAAAUCAGCAAGAGGUUCUUCACCACCAUGGCAGUGCAUAGCCCUAAAAUUCCUUGUUUCCUGAUAACCUGAUAGAAUGGCAGAUCCAUGAGGUGUUUUAAGCUUCUCAAGUGCUGUUGCAGAAUCAAGAGAAAUGACAGUUGGGCUCAUGAAGAGGUGCCAGUGAUUUGGAAUAAAAUAUACUGGGGAAAAAACCAACCCCAAACACCCUUCCUUGUCAAGUAGGUUAUUUAUAGUAUACUCCCUCUGCCUGUGAGGCUUCUGUGAGAAAGCUGUAACUGGGUAGGUUAAUUAAUAGCAGCCAAAAACCAGUUGGCUACAAAUUACUCCAUCCAGCAGAACCUGUUGCCCGUUUUUUUCCAAGUUGGUCUGUAGUCUGUGACCCUUACAACUCAGACACUUAAUGCUUUCAUUUUGGAGCUGGCAGAGAUGGUGCAGAACAGUUAAAUGUGUUGCUCAGGGCUGUCUCAUAUGCUUGGCUCUUGCUACUCGAAGGCCAGAGAAAUGUAUAUUGGUAGUCAUCGAAAUGGCAAUAUCACUUAAUGGUGUGGAAACUGCAGUGUUGUAAUAGCCAUUUUUCAGCUCAUUUUUCUGCUUUUUGCUAGCUUUUCCUCUCCUCUUGGACUGAUGGGUGUGAGGGGAGAACUAAGCUGUAAAAUACCUGAGACAGGGAUUUGGAGAUUUGCUACAACACACCUGUAAUAAAAUAGCACAAAGCAAGACCUUCUCACAUUUAGUCUUAGUUGAUCAAUAGAAAUAUACAAACUAGUCCAAAUUGCACCAGGGUGAAAGUUAUAAUUAUAGUUUUAUUGAUUAGUCAUUAAGUUUUAAUCAGGGCAUAACCACUGGGACUAUUAUUUUGUCAGUAGUUCUUUCUGAUAAUAUGUACUUUUCUCGCAUCGUAUGCUCUGAUAGGUAUUUAGUAUAAAUUGCUUUUAAAUGUGAAAUAAUAAACCACACACUCUGUCAUGUUAGGAUUCCUAAGGCAUGUCUUUGCAUUUCCACACUGUUUUUUUAGGAAACAGAGAAAUUAAGAUUUAGAGCAAAAAAGUCACGUUGGAUUUCUAGGUUUGCUGUUCUUUCACAGGUGAGCAUAAAUGAGUCAGAUACCUUCUUGUGCACCAGGAAAACGUGAUUAUGUGCAAAGCUUAAAUGUGUGUUUAUGCUUACCAAUCUGUGUUUUGAAUGUGACCCGCUAAAAAUAAUAAAAUGGGUAAAGAGGAAGAGAUACGAAGUUUGCAUCAAGACAUGAUAAAAUAUAUGUGAGAAAUCAAUCAAAUGGGAAGUCUUAGUUGUUAUAACAGCCCUCUUCUGUAUUGUUUGCAGUCUGUGGAAAUUCAUGGGAAACAAAGUCCCCAGGGACUGCUCUGGUCCAUUUUUCCAGGCUGGGAGGCACAAAACCAAGCAGUGAGAAGGCAGUGGCUGUAACACUGUUUUGUUUUUUUUUCUUUGCCUUUUAGGCAGGAGAAAUAUAAAAAGCUAAUCUCAUCUCCCAGAGUGAGAUAAAGAAAAGUACAUUCAAAAUCUGACCCUGUUAAACGUAAUUAGUUUUUCCUAUAACUGAAUCUCGCUGUAUAGGGACUCUGAAUAUCCCAUAAUACAUGAAAAAUUACUUAAAAAGACACAGCCAAAACUCUGGAGGGCACACACAUGGUACAUCAUCUCAUCUCAUCAAGGAAGAAGUAGGUUGAUGAAUAUAUGAGUUACCAAGGGGGGGAAAACCCCUUAUUGUACCACUUGUGUAACUGAAAUGUGGAGAUAGGAAACACACUCCCUGCAUCCAGGACAUUGGAAUUUUUCAUCUUGACUCGACUUUGCCCUGUAUGUUUAGUCUGCCUGUAUCUUUACACUGAGCUGCCAAAUGUGCUUGGAAAACAUGAUAUCAUAGGGAGUGGAAAGGAAAACCAGAUGUUCUGAAAUUUUACUUUUAAUAUUCUGAGGCGGUAUAAGUAACUCUGAGAAGGAACAGUGUUUUUAACCUCCUAGUGCCCAUUUUAAGUAGUAACCAGUUGUGUCUUGCAGAACCAGAGUAAAUUGUACAGCUCCAAAUUGGUUUGUACCGAGUUUUUUUAAUGUCAGUUUAAUGUGACAGUGUAUGUAUUAAUUACAAGAAGCUUUGAUAUGUUGAAGUCCUGCUCUGAGCCUCUCGCACCAACCUCCUGCAAACAUGGUUUUGUGGGACAAGUCUAAGGUUGUCCCAGUUUGACCGAUGAGGUUUCCUUCAGGAGUGCCAAAGUGGUUGGAUUCAGCACAGCUAAUUUGGAUUCAGCACAGAUAAUGUUGCAUCCUGCUGGCCUUUCCAUGGAGGUGAGAAUAAAGUCGUUUGGCUCACGUUGUGGAGAAGGGAGCUGACAACAGCCUUUUCCAUCUAAUGUUUAGAUAUUGUUAUGGUUACCAUCUGAGCUUUGCAAGAUAUUCAGUGAAAGUUUUGGGCUGUUGCUUGUAAAUACUGGGUUCACUCUUAUCUCUCUGACCUUUUGUUCUUGAUUGGCUAUUUUUGAUGACAUUGUCUUUCUAUUUUUUCCCCUACUCUGUAAGACAGCAAGUUACCUUUACAUUCAGAGAGGAAGUGUGUGGGAGGACGGAGGACCAGAAUGGGAAGGAGAUGUCCUGUUCUUUUGGCAGGUGUUUGUAAUGACCAUGCUCUGGAAGUAGAUUACCAGCUGAAGUUACUGAGCUGCUUUUGUCCUUGGGUGGCGUGUCUCAUACGGGUUCCAUCUGAGGUUGUCAAGCAAAGGGCCCAGGUUUCUCCUUCCUCGAGCACCCUCCGGAUUCUCUCCCACACCUUGUACCACGAGGGUGUUCAAGGACUUUAUCGGGGUUAUAAAAGCACAGUAUUAAGAGAGAUUCCUUUCUCUCUGGUACAGUUUCCCCUCUGGGAGUCCUUAAAGGAUCUCUGGUCAUGGAAGCAGGGUCACGUGGUGGAUUCUUGGCAGUCAGCAGUCUGUGGAGCUUUUGCAGGUGGAUUUGCAGCUGUAGUCACCACACCUCUCGACGUAGCGAAGACGAGAAUUAUGUUGGCAAAGGCUGGUUCCAGAAAUGCCAGCGGGAAUGUUCUGACUGCCCUUGGUGGCAUCUGGAGGACACAGGGCCUGUCAGGCUUGUUCGCAGGUGUUGUCCCACGGAUGGCAGCCAUCAGCCUGGGAGGCUUCAUCUUCCUGGGGACAUACGAGAAGACUCGCCAGCUGCUGCUCUGAGCCAGCCCGGCCGGUCCCGCCGGUGGCCACCGAGGAGCUGGAGAAGCCGCAGGAGGAGUCGGGCAGCGAGCACAGCCUUCCUCCCGCCACAGCAGCUGUCCCGCAGGCUGAGAGCCACUCUCGCUGUUAGAGGGAAGCAAAUCCUCCAAUAAUCCAAUUUCCCAAACAUGAAAUUUUCCUGCAUGGAAAGUGAGUGAGGUCACUGCGAGAGUUGUGCCAGAAAAGUAAUGUUUUGGGGGGGGUAAACAGCUAAUUACGGUGGCUGCGAAAGGCGUUAUUAGAACUCCUGCAGGGCAAGUGUUUUGGAAACCUCCAGCUCGGGGGCUGAGCUGGGAGGCUGAAAUAAAGCAAGUUUUCAUCA